AUGAAGAUUGGUAAUACUGUAGUUGUAGCUGGAAUUAGGCUUGGUCAGGUAUUAUAUUGGUUUAAGACUAAUUAUCCCACAGUUACCACUGAAAAACAGCAAGUUCUCUUUGGUACAACUGUUCAAGGAGCUAGGCUUGCUGGUAUUGAUGAACAGCAGAUUCGAUUACAAUUUCUUUGUGGACUUUCACCCGCAAAUCAAAUGGAAGUUCAAUGUUUAGGAAUUGAAAAAUCUGUGAAUGAAUUGCUCCCACGACUCGAAGAAAUUGAAAGAUAUACAGCGGAACAAUUAUCUGGAGCUUACCUGCAUUCAAACUCAGAUUCAGUAUCAUCCAGUAAAGGUCAUGGAAAGAAUAAUUACUCAAGCAAUAUGGGUAUGAGUAGAGAUGAAAUGGAAAGCUUUGUAAAAUCUAUUAUAGCUUCAUCGCAAUCUCAACCUGUUUCUACGCAAUCAACUUCCCAAAGACGAGAAGGACAAUUAUUACGACCCA